CGUUGAAGUCUCUCGGACUUGCCGCAUGACGAGAUGUGAAGGAAACCAUUAGUAGCAACAUUGUGAUUAUCUGUUUGCGAGUUUGUAUGCCCUCAAAACAACACUUUAAGUGAGAUCUCUUCAUUGGAUACAUAUAUUGGGUCAAUCUUAUGACAUCUGUCUGUUACAUGGAGUAGUCAGCGGAGCAUAAAUUACCAUUUGGAGAAGUGAAGUGCGCUGUCAAGUGUAUCCACGGAUUGUCAAUUUGCAAUGCAUCAGCAGAGGCCAUGUUCAAAACUUGGAGCGAAUCAGCGAUUAUGAAUUAGAAAGUCAGGUUCAUAUUCACUUACGGGAUCGCGGCGAUAUCGCCUGCGAUAGAAAAUACCAUCAUGUCUGCGAAGGUUGCCGAUAGAAUCGACCCUUUCACCAGUAAGGUGUCUAUCAAAUCUAAAAAACAGAAACGGUCUCAGGGUUCAUCGCAUUAUCGGACUAAAAAUGCCCCUGAGUUGCAGGCUUUACCUCAUCUUAAAGAUACUCCACCUGGGGAACAGCAGGACUUGUUCAUCAAGAAGCUUCAGCAAUGUUGUGUUGUGUUUGACUUUAUGGACCCUGUGUCAGAUUUGAAGAGUAAGGAAAUUAAAAGGGCCUGUCUGAAUGAAUUAGUGGAUUACAUCACAGCUACACGCAAUGUUCUGACAGAACCUACGUAUCCGGAGAUUGUUCGAAUGGUAGGUAUCAAAUGAAAGCCUCACUUACUG